AUGAGCGCAGACUGCAAGAGCUACUACAAUGCAGAGAAAGUGUUUGUGGAUGGAUUCACGUGCCCCAAAUCAGACAGUAAUGCACGGUCAGUUUUUUGUUGCGGUUUUAACGAUGUGAAAUAUUGCUGCGAUGACCCCAACAGUUUUUUCCCUUAUGAGUAUGGAUACAUGUGGUGGCUGAGUCUGGGAGCUCUCGUGGGUCUCUCCAUAGCAGCUGCGGUUCUGCUAGCCUUCAUCAUCACCGUCUGUGUACUCUGCUAUCUGUUCAUUGCCACCAAACCCAGAGGCUUGGACAAUGGGCUCCCCCUCCAAUCUCCAGGUAAUGAGCCAAGUCCACAGCAGGGACCAAGCCAAUGUGUUGCCCCCACCGGUCCACAAGGGCUUCGGAAGCAUUUCCUGAGGGGCAAGUUAGACUGUGACAAUCAACCUCCUGACCCAGAUCGCCUCUUUCAGACGUGCUUCAUGGCUACUGUCACGACAAUCAAUGUAGAAGGUCCUUCAUAGACUGGCAGUGGCACCUCAAACCAGUAUUACAGUUAUUAAUGCUCUGUAAAAACAUUGUUUUUCCUCCUAUUUAACUUUUUUCCGCUUUGGCUGGAAUUGGCUUUUUUCUCUCUCUCUUUCUUCCUUUUGCAGUUCUGUCACUAUAAAUGAUCUACCCCUUUCUUUAUUGAAGCACAGGAAAUGGAAAGAGAGGGGGUUGGAAGCUGAUCAUCAACUGAAAGUGUAAAUAUCUUGAAGAAAUAAGAUUAUAUGUAUAUAUCAAUAUUUCGUUUUCAAGAAGCAGAAUUGAUUCAUUGGUGUUCAGUCGGCUAAGGAAUUACAUCACUAUCAAACUGUUA